ACACAUUUUACUUCAAAUGCAUGACACGGUGCUGCUGAUUCAGUAGGUGGCACCUUCAUCCAGUCGUUCCUUCGCCACACCCCUUCCCUGGAAGUCCCCACACUGAAAGCCGUAGAAACCCGUUAAGUGGCGAAGUUUAUCCUCUACUGCCACCUGCAGAGCCGGCGAGAGCGCGCUCCAAAUAGGGUUUAGCUUUGCCUUAGGACGGUGACAUCACCUUCCCCAAGUGCACAUUCCUGCGAUCGCCGUGGUCCUCCCAGAGCGCUGCUGAGCCGCUGAGGGCUGCAAGCCCAAGAGGAGAGACGUUCUAGCCGGCCGCUCACUCGAUGGUAAGGCCCGCAGCAGCCUGCUCUGUGGGCGCCGCCAUGUUGGAAGCUCAGGGCUCGAACCAUGGCUGCGAGCUCGGGAACCCGAGCGCGAGCGCGACCUGCUCUGCCCAGCAGAUGCUGGAAGUGCGGCCAGGGCUGUAUCUGGGUGGGGCCAGGGCCGUCGCGGAGCUGGAGCACCUGCGGGAGGCAGGGAUCACCGCGGUGCUGACGGUGGACUCCGAGGAGCCGGCCUUCAAGGCGGGGCCUGGGGUCGAGGGUCUGCGGAGGCUCUUCGUGCCCGUGCUGGACACGCCCGAGACCGACCUGCUCAGCCACCUGGACCGGUGCGUGGCCUUCGUCGGCCAGGCCCGCGCCGAAGGCCGGGCGGUGCUGGUGCACUGUCAUGCAGGAGUGAGUCGAAGUGUUGCAGUAGUGACUGCUUUUCUGAUGAAGACUGACCAGCUUACCUUUGAAACAGCCUAUGAGAACCUCCAGACUGUCCAACCAGAAGCGAAGAUGAAUGAGGGGUUUCAGUGGCAACUGAAAUUAUACCAGGCCAUGGGCUGUGAAGUAGAUACCUCUAGUGCAAUUUAUAAGCAGUAUCGUUUACAGAAGGUUACGGAGAAGUACCCAGAAUUACAGAAUUUACCUCAAGAGCUUUUUGCUGUUGACCCAACCACCAUUUCACAAGGAUCCAAAGAUGAGGUUCUCUACAAAUGUAGAAAGUGCAGGCGAUCCUUAUUUCGAAGUUCUAGUAUUCUGUAUCAUAAUGAAGGAAAUGGGCCAAUAGCCUUUGCCCACAAGAGAGUGACACCAGCUCUCAUGCCUACCAGAGGGAGUCCGGCUCAGUGUACAUCUUAUUUCAUUGAACCCGUACAGUGGAUGGAAUCCACCUUGUUAGGAGUGAUGGAUGGACAGCUGCUUUGCCCAAAGUGCGGUGCCAAGUUGGGCUCCUUCAAUUGGUAUGGUGAGCAGUGCUCGUGUGGGAGGUGGGUAACGCCUGCUUUCCAGAUGCAUAAGAACAGAGUGGAUGAGAUGAAAACGCUGCCGGUGUUGGGAUCACAAGCAAGGAAAGUGUGACCUGUGACACGAUGGCUGGGGAGAAACGUGUUGAACAUGUGUGUUCCCCUCGCUUGUCGUCAUGGCGGGUGUCUGGUUUUAGGCCAGCACUUUGGAAGUGUGAGGAGAUCAAAUCAUUUGAUGUAGCGUGGAGGCUGUGUCUCGUCAGCUCAUUACAUGCUUUAAGUAGGCUAUGUUACGUGGCAAUCGAACCUUUUUAAUCAUGUACAUUGUUUUUUGAUUGAUAUUAAAGUCUUUUAUAACUCAGA